CUAGCGCUGAUGGUUUUUUCCAAAUAAACUGAAAUGUAAAAUUUUAUAUUGUGUGUUAACAUACAUAUGGUACAUGUUGCUUGUGGAAAUAAUUGCUACGGUGGAUGUUUUUCGUUCUUCACCGCUUCCAACAACAAUGGCUGUCCUCUUAGAGAGACAUGUUGUUCCUAGUUUGUGGCAAGUCCUUCGAGUACCAUCACGGUCGUCUAGUUAUCUGAAAAAAAUGCAGAAGUUUUUUCAGACAGAAUAUACAAUAGAUGAGUUGACGGGGAAACUGAAGAGCCAAAUGUUAGAUAUUGAACAGCAGGAUCAAAUGUAUCGUCCAGAAAGACACAGGAUUUUGGGUCCAGACUUGGCUUCGGCACAUUUUCUUUUGGCCCGUGGAGCCUCUGUUAAGUUUUUGGAUGAUGAUAUGUGGCACAGAGCAAUCCAGAAUAAGGUAUUGUUGCCGAGACAUAAAAUUGCUGGCAUGUAUGUCGAGGGGAUUGAUGCUUCCAACACACGCUUAAUGUAUGAAGCUUUUGAUAGCUUGGUGUAUCUAUCUAAACUUCGCUAUUUAAGUUUCAAGAACUGUGAAUUCAUUGAUGAUUGGUGCCUGGAUCGAUUCCACAUAUUCAGUGAUACUUUGGAAUUCCUUGAUCUCAGUGGCUGCCCUAAUAUUUCAGAAAGAGGCAUUGCCUCACUCCAUAAACUAUCAAAACUGGAUUCCCUAAUUCUGAAAGACUUACCAAAUCUUAAAGAGCUUGAAUUUGUAGUCGUUAUGUUACAGGAUUUUCACAUCAACUGUCGUAUUCUUACCUCCAGCAUGAUAGAACAGUCCCCGAAAGAGCAUUUAUUGUCACAAUAACAAAAGCCUUACUACAAAAGAAAUAUCUUUUAGACAGACAUAUUUAAGAGAGAAACAUCUUUAAGAUGGACAUCUGUCCAAGUCUGAACUUUCAACGAGGCAAAACUUGGACAAAUUUGCCAACAAACAAAAAUUUUAUUUCAAGGGAGGUAAUUUGCUGUAAUUUUAUUUACGACAUCUUUUUCUCAAUAGUCUCAGGAAAAUGAACAAUGUAAAUUUUUCUUUUUCGUUUAUAAAAUAAAUUUCUGAUUUGUUAAAAAA